UAGUGUGUCGUCCAGCAGUAGUUAGACGAUUAUGGAGGAAGUCGGUUUCAAGGCUGGGGAGGAGGUGGCGUUUGGCAGUGGAGUAGAGAGACUCAUGUUUCCAGUCCACACGUCACCCACGAGACUUGGAAUAGAACAGGGACUUCGUGGAGAGCCUCACAGAGGACCUGGCUGCUAUACUGGUGACCUGUUGAGUGAGUUUCUGAAGCCACUGGACUCGGUCCCACGCAGCAGACGUGGCUGGUACUUUGGAGCUCAGCUCACCGGUCAACCGUCUCUGGUUCGCAACAAUGCCGUACCGGGCUCGCCAGACUACCAGACCGUACCGGUCUGUCACGGUGGUGGCCAGAACAAGGCAGCGUUCAACUGCGUCAAUCCACGAUGGACCGAGAGAGACGAGGACUUUAGAGAUCCAGGGCCGGGGACAUACGAGCACAGUGUGACACAAGGACGUCAGGUGGAAAUGGACGAAGCUUUCGGCUACAGCAGAAAGAUUCGCAACAGCGUCGUGAUGAAGUGCACUAAUGGGAUCCCAGAAGAGUGCAGUCAUUGCAAGCAGGAGACGGUUGGAGACUAUUUCCAGAGAGGAAACAAGAUCCUCUGCAGCAAAUGUCACCAAGAUCAAAGGACAAACACAACUUCUAGCAAAAAGGAGGCAAAGUAUGAGAAGGUAGGGGAUUGCACUGGAGUUCACCAUCACAAGUUUCCAGGAAAAGACCCAAAGAUCAUGUUGAAGAGUGAGAGUGAACUAAAGAAGAAGAGCAGAAAAGAGGCAUAUUUCAGACUCUAUUUCUCUGAUUAGUUACAACUUAGGCAUAACUUUUUAUUUAAAUAUUCGAUACAAUUUACGUGAUUUAAUAUUCAACAUGUCGUACAUCAUUAUUCAAUUCUUCAGAAAAGUUUGUGUCUUCUUUUGUCCCAGUUUUCUCUUUCCCUACUGGGGGUUCAGCCCCUUUAAUGAGCAGUUCUUCUUCUGAACGUUGUGCACUCAACAGUCUCUGCUUUGUGCUGUAGAAAUCAUGAAUCUGAAGA